UUUGCGGAGUGGAACGCACGUUGCUCACUGGUUCUCGAUUUGGCUCGUAAAAACGUAGGGGCAGGAAAAUUUUUGCGGCUACCAACAAAUCUCACAGUGCAGAGAAAGGUCGCCUCAGGGAUGGGGGAGCAAUCGCAGAGCAACAAACCAAACCCUAUAAUUGAAUCUGGGAGGCACGGAGGCGUUAAGAAGAAAAGCGAAUUCGAGUUCUGCAAGGUCUGCAAUCUCAAUCACAAUCAAGGCCUGCGACACAAGUACUUUCCUAGCCACAAGAAAUCCCUUUCCAACUUCCUCUCCCGCUUCCGAAAGAAAUUCUCCGAUAUAUCCUUCUUCCUUAAAAAUCCUGCCAUUCUCAGGCCAGAACACGCUUCUCGCAAUCGAUUUUGGUGCAUUUUCUGCGAUACCGAUGUGGACGAACUGACUAGUUCCUUUGCCUGCGCUAACGCAAUCAGUCACUUGGCGAGUGUCAAUCAUUUGAAGAAUUUGAAGCAAUUCUCCUGGAAAUAUGGUGGUUCCAUGGAUCAAUUGGAGGCAUUUACGGUUUCGGACGCUGAUGUGGCUAAGUGGGAGAAGAAGUGUACGACCCUACAAAAAGAAGCUGUCUUAUUGAGUGAGGAAUGUCAUGGAGAAGUCUCUGGAACUACAAGUGAUAUCCAUAAUCAAUUCAAUCAUGGAAAUAUUGAUAAAUUUGAUAUUACUCAUUCCCAUUCUGUAAAAUCACAUCCUUCAAAUAGUGUUUUGCCUUUACAAUAUCAUACAAAUGAGUAUCAGGUAUCCAAUUCAGGAAUCUCAGGAGCUAGCAAUGCUCGUUUGUUACCUUAUUUUGAUACCUCUUCUCUACCUUCAGAAACAUGCUCUGGUGCAAAUGCAUUUCAUUCUAAAGACUUCGCAGGCUUAGUUGGAGGGACUUACCAUACUCUCCCUUGUAGCGAUAGCCAAUGGUCAAGUGAUGGUUGCUCCAGUGCCAAAGAGGUGCCUAAGGAUGGAAGAAUGUUAAGCAAGGAGAGCUUUUGUGAAGGUUUGCCAGAUCCCUCUCCCAUCUCUUCUGGGUAUACUGAAAAUAUGGGCAGCAAUGUUCCUGCUGAAGCACCUCCGCCAUGGUUAACUGAUGGACUUGAUAGGCAUUAUAAAGCCGCCUUAGGUGAUCUUGUUUCCCCUUUGAACAAGUCUGGGAAGUCUAGAAAGUUAAAUCCAAAACGUGUAGGAGCAGCUUGGGCCGAGAGGAGAAAGGUUGAGUUAGAGAUGGAGAAGAGGGGAGAGACUGUAAGGCAGGAUUAUGGUGCUAACUGGCUUCCUAAUUUUGGUAGAGUCUGGCAAUCUGGUACCAGAAAAGAAUCUAGAAAGGAAUUUGAGAGGGAGAAACAGAAGUUAUUUAAGGUUGAGGUUGAACCAGAAAUACCCACCACGAUACAGCCCUAUGUUAGCAAAAGAAUGAAAAUGGAUGAUAAUGGUGGCCAUAUGUGCGGUUGAAUUUUCUGGUGACAGCUUGUUUGGAAAGCCCCAUUUUUGCAUUCUUUAGACUCUGGUUUGGGGCCGGAUGGAAUCAGCACAAUGAAACAUGGUGAAUUUCUGUGAAUUUUUGCUGGGAAGAAAGUGCCUGCGGCGACUGUGCGUACAAGUGCCCAAUAUGCUAAUGGAUCGAGCAAUGAACGAGCUAUUUGUCUGGAAUCACCAACACUUGGUGCGGCUAUUUCCACUGCUGUUAAUUAAUAUAUUCUGGUUAUAUGAUCAUUUUCAUGAUGAUUGAUCAACCAGCAUUUUGUGGCGAUAUUAGGUGUUUUGCAUUUCUGCUAACCGGUCUGAUGAUGGGUGUAGGUUACUUUUUAAUACUUUCCUCUUAAGUAGGCAGCAGGAAUGUUACCAACGCA